AUGAACUAUCCACCCACCAAUUUGCAUGGUCCCUACCCACAAAAUAUCAGCAAUUCCUUUGGAGGACCACCAAGUUUCCAGCACUUCCCUUUUCCACCACCAGCAUACCAUGGAGGUUACCACGGAAAUGGUCCAGCAUCUCCAAUUGGAUCGAUGCCCUUCUUUGGAAGUGGUGGCAGCAACUCCAGGGGUGAUGAGAGCAGCCCCAUUGCUUCAUCUUCUCCGGCGUCCAGAGCCCCUCCAAUGCAGUCAGCACCUGUUCAAAUUCAAGAAGGCAGUAAGAGCAGCACAGAUGAAGGUGAAAAGCAAGGAGGUCGCAAGCUUUGGCGUGAAGAGGAAAACCUAUGCCUACUUAUGGAGGAGGUUCGGGCAAAGUGGAAGGGACUUAUGAAAAAGAAACGACCAUUUCCAUUAGAACAUUGGUGGGCAGCGUUGAAGGACCAACCUAAAUGGGCUAGAGCUUACCCAACACAUGAAUUGCAAAAGAGGAUUAAGCUGAAUUCAUCUGGUGCUUACAGCUCUUCUUCAGCUCAAGACACAGAUGGUGCAUCUGUUGAAUCGCGACGACCACAAGGGAGAGAUGCAGCCAAAUCUGAGAAGAAGAAAGGAAAACAUAAGUGUUCAGAAGGAAGUCUUUUUAUAGAGGAAAGCAUGCAGAAGUUCAAUGAACUACAGCUACGGAAGUCUAUGGCUGCUGAAAAAAAUGGCUGA